AUGAUUACUCGCGUGCUUGCCACCACAGCUCUGCUAGCGGCGCGAGUGCUCGCUCAAGACGAGCAGGUGUUUAAUAUCGUCAUUGAGCAGGACAAUCGUGAGAUUCCUGGCGACUCGCCGAUUGAGUUGUGCAUGGCUUCGGACGAGCAAUUGCUGGACAUCGAAAGCAUUGUUUUGGACCCCAACCCGCCCGAGCCCGGCGUCAAUUUGACCAUUUCGGCCAAGGGCACGCUCAAUUCACCCGUGGUCGAGGGCUCCUAUGUCGAUAUUGUCGUUAACUACGGUUUCAUCCAACUUAUCCGCCAGCGCUAUGACCUCUGUGAGGUCCUGGGCAAGGUGGAGCUCGAGUGUCCUCUGGACAAGGGCUAUCUCGAACUCACUCGUGAAGUGGCCAUCCCAGAGGCAAUCCCCCCUGGCCUGUACUCAGUAUCUGCGCAGGCGUUCACAGACGAAGACGAACUGCUCACUUGUUUGCAAGGAGAAGUCACUUUCGAUAUGUAA